GUGCUGUGACAUCAGCUGUUACGCUAUGGAAACUCCAAGAGUUUGGCCUGAAAUCUGACUGAUGGGGCUGGCCACUGUCCCUAUAAAAAGCGAGGACUGAGCCAGCUCCUCACAUCAGACACAGGAGGGAUCUGCCCUUGUCCUGCCUCUGGCCUCACAACUCAUCUCUGUCCAUAAUGAAUGCCUCUGCAGUGUGCCUCUCCAUCAUCCUUGUUGCUGCCCUCUUUUCUCAGGCCUCUCCUGCUCCAUUCGGGGCUGAUGCAACUGUGUGCUGCUUCAGCUACACUUCACGAAAGCUGCCCCAGAGUCAUGUGAAGGAUUAUUUCUACACUAGCAGCAAGUGUUCACAGCCAGCAGUUGUGUUCACCACCAGGAAGGACCGGCAGGUCUGUGCUAACCCUGACGCCAGGUGGGUGAAGGAAUAUGUGAAUGCCCUGGAGCUGCAGUGAGCGCUGGGAGCUGAGAGGUCUCUGCCCUGGAGAAGUCUUGCAAGAUCAUCCAUCACAGACCUAGAAAUCCUGUUGCUGAGCACCAGGACCCGCUGAGCCACGUUGGGACCCCAGAAGCUCCUUUUGUCUUGCAAAGGUGUCAUUUUUCCGUGAUAAUUUAGCCACCCUUACUGGCAGCUGUGAUGCUGGGGACCUCCUGCCCUUGCAGACCCGACUUGGCAUAGCCUGCUGUGUGACAUGUAGCUAAACUGUCCCCUCCUCGUGCCUCUGCUGCUAGAAUGGGAGGGGGAUUUUAUCCCCAGAGCUAUUUGUGGGAAUUGGUCUGUCAAAAUCAGGUAUGAGUGCUGUCAUAUAAAGCCAGGCUGACAUCCAAGUCAGCUGGGUGAAUUUUACCAUGGUACGGUCGAUGCUGUGAGUCAGAUCUGUCUCCUUAGUGGAGGAAGUGGUGUGCUGGUUUAUUUACAGGAUGCUUAUUGUGGAACCACAUUGUUCAGCCUUGUUCUCAAAACGUUGUCUCUUGCUGGUGCCAAAGAAUAAAGAUAUUUUCUCUCUG